AUGGCUAGUUUGUUGAAAGAAACAUUUGCCAAGUGCAAAAAGGAAGGCCGUAGUGCCUUGGUGAACUUUAUCACUGCUGGUUACCCCACAAUUGAAGACACAGUUCCAAUUCUUAAGGGAAUGCAAGAUGCUGGUACUGAUGUCAUUGAAUUGGGUGUUCCCUUCAGUGACCCUAUUGCUGAUGGACCUACUAUCCAGGUUGCCAACAAUGUUGCUCUUGAAAAUGGUGUUACCGUUCCCAAGUGUCUUGGAUUGGUUAAACAAGCGCGUGAUGCUGGUGUCACGGUUCCAAUCAUCUUGAUGGGUUACUAUAACCCUAUUUUGAAAUAUGGUGAACAGAAAUUAAUUGAAGACUCAGCUAAAGCAGGUGCUAAUGGGUUCAUUGUCGUUGAUCUCCCUCCAGAAGAGGCUGUGAAAUUUAGAUCUGUUUGCGCCCAAUCGGGUUUAUCUUACGUCCCAUUGGUUGCUCCUGCUACUACUGAUGCCAGAUUGGAGAUCUUGGGUGAAAUUGCUGAUUCUUUUAUUUAUGUGGUAUCUAAAAUGGGUACCACCGGUGCUUCUUCUCAAGUAUCUCAAGGGAUUGCUGAAUUAUGUGCUAGAGUCCGUAAGUUUGCUGGUGACAUCCCAUUGGCUGUAGGGUUCGGUGUUUCUAAUAGAGAUCAUUUCUUAACUGUUGGUGAAGCUGCAGAUGGUGUUGUUAUUGGUUCUAAGAUUGUAACUGUUAUUGGUGAAUCUGAAGUUGGUAAACGUGGUGAAACUGCUUCCUCGUUUGUUAAAUCCAUUUUAGGUGAAGAUUUUAAGGUUGACCCUCCAAAGGAAUUUAUUCCCUCUUCAAGUAGUUCUUCUCAAGUGAAACAAGUUUAUGAAGAGGAUCACAAAUAUAACCCAAGAUUUGGUGAUUUCGGUGGUCAAUUUGUUCCUGAAGCUUUACAUACUUGUCUUUCCGAAUUAGAAAAGGCAUUUGAAGAUGCUGUUGCCGACCCAGAAUUCUGGAAAGAAUUUAAAGGUUUAUACAGCUAUAUUGGAAGACCUUCAUCUUUACAUAAAGCUGAAAGAUUAUCUGAAUUUGCUGGUGGAGCUCAAAUUUGGUUGAAAAGAGAAGAUUUGAAUCAUACUGGAUCUCAUAAAAUCAAUAAUGCUUUGGCACAAGUAUUAAUUGCUAAAAGAUUGGGUAAAAAGAAGAUUAUUGCUGAAACUGGUGCAGGUCAACAUGGUGUGGCUACUGCUACAGCAUGUGCCAAAUUUGGAUUGGAAUGUACUGUUUUCAUGGGUGCUGAAGACGUUAGAAGACAAGCAUUGAAUGUAUUCAGAAUGAGAAUCUUGGGUGCUAACGUUAUUGCUGUUACUAAUGGUACUCAAACUUUAAGAGAUGCCACAUCUGAAGCCUUUAGAUUCUGGGUAUCAAAUUUACAAUCCACUCAUUAUGUUGUUGGAUCAGCCAUUGGACCUCAUCCAUAUCCAACAUUGGUUAGAACAUUCCAAUGCGUGAUUGGGAAUGAAACUAAGGAACAAUUUAAGGAAUUAAAUGGUGGUAAAUUACCCAAUGCAGUUGUUGCAUGUGUUGGAGGUGGAUCCAAUUCCACUGGUAUGUUUUCACCAUUUGAAAACGAUUUGGAAGUUAAGAUGUUAGGAGUUGAAGCUGGUGGAGAUGGGUUGGAUACUGAACGUCACUCUGCUACUUUAACUGCUGGUAUUCCUGGAGUUUUCCAUGGAGUCAGAACUUAUGUUUUACAAGAUGAUGAUGGACAAGUUCAUGAUACUCAUUCUGUUUCUGCUGGGUUGGAUUAUCCUGGAGUUGGUCCUGAAUUGGCUUAUUGGAAGAGUACUGGUAGAGCAGAUUUUGUUGCUGCUACCGAUGCGGAAGCCUUAUUAGGAUUCAAAUGGUUAUCACAAUAUGAAGGAAUCAUCCCAGCUUUGGAAUCUUCUCAUGCCAUCUUUGGUGGUGUUCAAUUGGCUAAAACCAUGUCUAAAGAUCAACACAUUGUCAUUAAUGUUUCUGGUAGAGGUGAUAAGGAUGUACAAAGUGUUGCAGAGGUUUUACCUGUUUUAGGUGAUAAGAUUGGCUGGGGGUUACGGUUUGAAGCUGAUCCCACAAAGGGUGCGUAA